CCUCAGAAUACAUUUGAUUUUCAUAUGGCUUUGGAUGCAGUGCAAAAUGUUGAAAACUACAUUCGAGACAUUGCAAAAGAUCGUCGAUGCAGAUUUGAUGAAAACUUUCUUGAUUACGAUAACUUAAGAUCUGGAUAUGUCACCGGAAACCAAUUCUUAAGAAUCUUAAGAAAUCUCAUCGGUGUCCCACUUGACGUUUCACAGGAAAAACUUAUUUUAAAAAAAUACGGAAUUGAUGGGAACCGAUAUAUUAACUGGAGGAAAUUUGUUCGUGAAAUAGAAGGUAAAUAUAAUGAAAAUGAUUUUAGUGUAACACCGGAAUCCAAGGUUCUCCAAACAAUCGAAUCUCCGAUAGUGGGCACAAAAUCACGGCAUAAGCUGUACAAUGAUGAAAAACUGGAUUAUAUAAAACCACUGCUUUCCAGAAUCAAUCAAUUCAUCUCUAACCAAGGUUAUAUAAUACGCCAAUGUUAUAAACAGUAUGAUGUUCAUAACUUAGGUGAAGUGACCGAAAGCCAAUUUUUCAGAGGGUUUCCUGGUCCGAAGGAUAUCAGUGAUGAAGAAAUGAUGUCACUCGUUCAGCGUUAUAAAUCACUAACUAAUCCUGGUUUUGUAGAUUAUCUGGCUUUUGAAAAAGACCUUAAAACGAUUGACUCAUACGAAGAGGCUUUGGAAGACAACACGAAACUUGUAAAAGACAGAGAUAUUGGUCAUAUCUCCCAGAAAGAUAAUUUAUUAAUUCCAUCACAACAUAUGAUUGUUGACCGCAUAAAAUGUACUAUUCGGAAACGUGGUAUACGUGUUAUGGACUUUUUUGUGGAUUAUGAUAAAUUAAAACAUGAUGAAGUAACGGAACAUCAGUUCACAUGUGCUCUCCUAUCAUCUGUUGGUAAGGAAGCCAAAUUAAGUCGCGAGGAGGUUCAAAUGCUUGCAAACUACUACCGUUCAACAACAAACCCUCAGUUCAUUAAUUAUCGCGAAUUUUGUAGAGAAAUUGACUCACCUUUUCAGACGCUGUAUUUGGAGAAGGAUCCGUUAAAACCAAUUACUAUUCCAGCUAGAGGUGCACUUUCACAGCAUCUAUGCGUAUUAAGCCAAGAAGAUGAAGAUCGUGUAUCUAAACUAAUCGAAGAAAUCGGACGUCAAGUUCGUGAAAAAAGAAUAUUAACAUAUCCAUAUUUUCAGGACUAUGAUAUGGGAUCAUGUUUUUCGAGAAGUAUUACUAAUACACAAUUUGAAAGAGUAUUAUACUUUCUUGGUUUGAAUCUGAGUAAAGAAGAUUGUCGUCGUUUAUGUAGAAAAUUCACCAAUCCUACAAAUGGUUGUAUUAAUUAUGGAGCAUUCUGCGAAAAGGUAGAUGACUGGUUUACCGCUGCGGCCCCUGUCAAAUUCGAUGAAGAUAAUCCAGGAGAUGUGAAUUUUGAAGUAUCAAACAAGGUUAUAACAAAACGCACACCUGAAAUAGGUGAUACACGCUGUGGUAAAAGUGUAGUUCACCGAAAUUGGCACUCAACAGUAAUGCCAGUAAUUAUAUCAGCUGGGGAUCAAUGGCCUGUUGAGGUUUUAUUAAACCGUAUCCGACAUUUGGUUCUAGUUAACCGUAUACCAUUAAAACCUGGGUUUCAUGAUUUCGAUCGUUUACGUAGUGGUUAUGUUACACGAUCUCAGUUUGAACGUUGUUUAACCGCCGCAGGGCUAACGCGUUUACACCUGCACGAUCUUACACCGGCACAAAUAAACAUCUUGGCGGACAGAUACGUGUCUUCAACUGAUACCAACAUGGUGAACUGGAUAAAAUUUGUUAAUGAUGUAGAAACAGUGUUUACUCUACCGGGGUUGGAAAAACAACCACUCACUCGUGUGCUACCACAAGAAACAUUUAUCCAACCGAAACCAGGUACAGCAGAUUGGUUAUCAGUAACUGAAGAAAUGAAACAGAAUUAUGAAAAUGGUAUGGGAAUUUUAAGACAAAAAGUAAAUGAACGUCGGUUGGAUUUAACUCCAAAUUUUGCGGCUUUUGAUUUUUUACAUCGAGGAAUAGUGACAACAAAUAAUUUCCGUCAACUAAUAAGUAUGUAUAGUUUUUGUUUGUCGCCGGCAGAAAUUGAUGCUAUCAUAUCACGUUAUGCCAAUGAUGAUGGGUUUAAUUAUUUGGACUUUCUAAGUCACCUCUGUCCAAUGAAAUUAGAAGAAAACGAAUAUAAAUAUCCAGAACGUUUAGCUACAUCUCAGAAAAUAAAUAAGCUGAGUAAAGAAAAAACGGAAAUAGAACCGGUAAUGGGAGAUGCUGAAGGUAUUAUGGAUACACUGAAAGCAGAGGUAUACCGCAGAAGUCUGAGAUUAUCUGAUUGGUUUCGCGAUCACGAUAAACUCAAUCAUGGAUACUUACAAAGAAUAACGUUUCGCCGAUGUCUAGGGGUUCUCAACUUAAAAAUUAAUGAGAAAAGUUUAAAUAUUCUUGAAGACAGAUAUAAAGGUUCAAUGCCUGAUACAGUAGACUGGCGGGCAUUUGUUAAUGAUGUUGAGACUGUAUUUCAAACACCAAACUUAGAGAAAGAUCCAUUAAUUGAACCUGGUACGUAUAAACCUGAUUCAUCAGUUGCCCAGAACCACUUGACAGCUGAAUUAGCUAAAUCUGCUGACGAGGCUUUAUUUAAGAUAGCAGCUAAAGUUAAACAACGUAGAAUACUACUGUUAACAAUGUUCAGUGAUUUUGACGAAACUCAUCGAUUAACGGUUAAUCAAAGUCAAUUUCGUCGUGUUCUAACGACACUUGGACUUGGGGAGUCAUUAACAGAAAGAGAAUGGAUUGCAUUAUAUUGCAAAUAUUGUCAUCAAAUGGGUCUAGCAAACAACGUCAAUUAUCAAGCUUUUAUUGAUGAUAUUUACACAAGAGCUGGUAUGGAUCCGCGUAUGCCAUAGUCAUAAAUAAUCAUGAGAAACUGUUAACAUUAUAGUACAAUCUAUGUUUGAUUAGCUAAAACCAAAAUUUAAAUUGGUGACGCGAAAAUUCUAUCCUAUUAAAUAACUUUAUCUGUAGUGCAAACGAAAAAUAAUUGUUUGUUAUGUGACACGAGGAUAGGCGAAACACAGUAAAUUGUUCAUGAUAAUAUACCGGAAAUAAAAAUUUUUC